CCUUGAGUCUAGUAUCUCACUCUUGAUUUACUGAUGUUUCUUCGUAGAUCUUAAACAACUUUUGGAAAUAAAAAAUUGAUCGACAUUAAUACGUUACUCGUCGAACACAACUUGCAACUUAUUUAUAAUCGAAAAGCACGUGCUGUAUUCGCAUUUGGUUCAGCAUAUAGUGAUUAUACGCCACACGUAUUAUUAUCGAUUGUUAUCCAAAAGCGUUUAAAGAGAUAUUCACAGAUAGUAGCGGUUAAACCCUUCAUAUGUACUGAGCAAGCGCACAAUCACGGCGGUUUAGUACAAUCGCGAAGAGCGAUUCAGUCAAGCGAUAAUUUUCAUCCCGCGAACUUCAAUGAAUGUCAACGAAGAUUUGAGUUACGCGUUUGCUCUGAGUCGUCAAUGUUUGCGAAUAUUAGGUGUGUGGCCCGACCCAUGUAUCCCUUUAAGCGACUUUCAUCGGCUGAGCAUAAGAUUCAUAAUUGUUACAUGUAUUCUAAGUCUUUACGUGAUAAUACCGCAGUUGACGAAUAUGAUUCGUGCUUGGGGUAAUGUGACUCAUAUGGUGGAAUUUAUAGCCUCUGCCAAUUUCAGCUUGAUGGCAUUGAGCAAGUUGAUCGCUACUUGGUAUCAUAGCGAAACACUUCAGAUAUUGAUGACAUCAGUCAUGCAUGAUUGGAUUAAGUCAACGAACAACUCCGAACGAAAUACGAUGCUGAAACUCGCAAGACGUGGCAGAAGCUUAUCUUUUAGAUGUUAUGCAUUUGUGAUAAUAACACUCUCAUUUUACAUGUGUUUUAAUCUUUUAAAGUUUUAUCGAAGUAUUUAUCAGCCUCAACGCAGACUGGUCUAUCAUUUCGUUUAUCCUUAUAAUUCCCAGAAGAGUCCGAAUUACGAGAUCACAUUUAUCAUUCAGCUUUGUGGCGGAUUAUGCACAGCACUAAUCAAUUGUACUGUCGAUAGUUUUAUCUCAACACUUUUGCUGCAUAUAUGCGCGCAACUAAUAAAUCUACGAAUGGCACUCAAUAAUUUAGUCGAUGAACUAGCCAAUAAAUCCAUAUCCUCUUCAAAAUUUAAGGAAGGCUUAACUGCCAUUGCGAUACGACAUAUACAUCUUAUACGGGAUGCAAAGACAAUUGACAAUUGUUACAGCGCAGUGCUAUUUGUGCAUAUGCUAGCUGCUACUUUUCAACUGUGUUUUGAAACUUUCCAAGUUUACACGAUAAUAACAGACAAAUUAGAUGUAUCUGCUUUCAAAAUGGCUUUUCUCUUAUUUUAUGUCAUUGUUGUGUUAACGCAAUUAUACAUUUACUGCUAUUCAGCUGAAAGACUCUUAACAGAGAGCAGCGGUAUGGCACAUUGCGUAUAUGAAUGCAAAUGGUAUAAUAUACCGGUCAAAGAUGCGAAAAAUUUGAUAUUUAUUAUAUAUGGAUCUUCAAUAGUGCUUAAAUUAACAGCUGGGAAAUUUGGAAUUUUUUCGAUGGAGAUGUUCGGAGCAACGGUGAAAACAGCAAUGGGAUAUCUAUCUAUGUUAUUGACAGUAAAAGAUUAGAAAACUUAUUAAAUUAUUA